AUGCGUCUGGAGAUGGACAACCUGGAAGAGGCGGAUGAGAGGAGGGAAUGUAUUGAGCUGUUGAAGGCCAUGCUCCAGUGGGAUGGAAAUGAGAGAAUCACCCCCGCUGGUAUUCUCAACCAUCCCUUCAUUACCAAGAGCUACCUCAACAGCAGCUCCCACCUCAGCUCCUGCUCUGAUCCUGAACCGAGCAGCAGCAGCCAGACCAGGACCAACCAGACGACCCAGGUCGAUGACAGCUCAGAUGAAUCACUGCCACCGGGUGUCAUCAUGGUUCGGCCUGCAGCCCCCAUGAACAGAAUCCCCCUGGAGGAGACACCUAAAGAGGAUGCUGAAAUGAGUUCCCACGUGGCUGCAACUCCUGCUUCUGCUCUGAACACCAGGAUAGACCCGGACAACGCAGAGCUCCCUACCACCACCCCUGAUGACAGCGAGGACCAGAAGAAGAAGAGGGAGAAGAGGAAGAACUGCUUCAAACGCUUCUUCUCUUGGAUGAAGAGGACAUUCUGCUCCUGCUGUUACGCGGACAACGUAGUGGAGUAA